AAGUAGUUGCUGUUGGGUGGUGUCUUCGCUGCUUAGGUGACACGUAACUAAAGUUAAAGGUGCUGUAAGGCCUCGGAAAUAUCGGGAUUUUGACUUCUGCUACAGGGCUUGGCAAAGUCUGAACGCAUUGCACUGUUACAUCCUAUCUGGGUUUGUUUCGGAAUAGAGCAUUGUUUCUACAUUACCCACAUUGACAAAGUCUGCUUCUCAUGAAAUAUCGGAGAGAGUUUGCUGUGUGUAGUGUAGUCAAGCAGAAAUCCAAGGAGAAGUAACAACAAACUGGGAUUCCUUCGUGGAUGUGGCUACACCGUGUUGUGGGCUAAAAUGAGUCCAACAUCUUCACUAAACUUCCCCCAACUCCAAAGUGUUUCUGCGCCCUCUGUCUAAUAAUGCUUGGGGACGACUGAGGUGAUAAGGGGCUUGAGAGGUAGUAGUAAAAAGUUUAGCUUUACUUUCCACAGAAGUGACCGGGAGAUUGCUUGUGCAGGCAGCGGGGAGAGGAGCUAUUCAACCAUGGGGAACGGAGUGUGUUCUCGGAGGCAGCGGAGAAUCUUCCAGUCUCUCCUUCUAAUCACCGUAGUUUUCGGGAUUAUUUACGGGGGGAUGAUAUCGUAUGAGAUGCAUAAACAGCUGAAGAGGACAGAGGCGAUGGCUGCCAAGUACCAGCAGCAUCAAGAGUCGCUCUCGGCGCAGCUUCAAGUGGUGUACGAGCAUCGCUCGCGUCUAGAGAAGUCUCUGCAGAAGGAACGUGUGGAACACAAGAAGGCCAAAGAGGAUUAUCUGGUGUAUAAACUUGAAGCCCAACAGUCACUGAACAAGGAGAAGCAGGACUCCAGCAGCAGAUUGAACUCUUUACAUGGGCAGCACCAGAUGCUGAAGAAGCAGCAUGAGGACCUGAAGAAGCAGCACUAUGACCUGCAGGAGCAGCAUCAGAUUCAGGGAGAGGACCACGGCAAGGCCUUGGACGAACACAAGGACCGCUUCGACAAACUACAGCAGACCAAAGAGAUGGAAGCCUCCAAACUCAAAGAGAAUGUGUAUAAUCUGCGAGAGGAGAAUAGGCAGCUGAGGAAAGCUCACCGGGACAUCCAUGUCCAGCUGCAGGAUGCACGGAUAGUACAUAAGGACUUGAAGGCUGCCCAUGAUCAACUUGCACUGACGCUAGAGGACCACAAGAGUGCGCUGGCCGCAGCUCAGGUCCAGGUAGAUGAGUUUAAGCAUCUCAAAGAGACCCUGAUCAGAAUGCCCAACCCCGCCCACCAACAGGCCCAGCCUGCUGCUCUAUUGGCCAAGGCCCAUGAACAGGGCCCACCCCUACCACAGCCAGCUGCCUUAUUGGCUGAGCCCCACAUAGAAGCACACACCCACGAGGAAGACCAUGGGGACACACAGUCUAGGUUGCAUCUACAGGAGGAGGUGGUGGGCAAGCCAAAGUUCCAGUCUCAGCCUGCCGGGUCCCACCAUGCAGAGAAGGAGAAAGAGGGAUAUGGAGAGACAGAGGGGGAGGCAGAGAGGAGUAGAGAGCUGGCGGAGGGGGAGGCAGAGAGGAGGAGAGAGCUGGCGGAAGAAGAGAUGGAGCAGGCGGGGCAGCCUCAGAAGCUGGAGGAGGAAUCUGAACAACCACAGGAGGACGAGGGGUUGGAGGCGGAACACGACCAGCCAGACAACAACGCUCUGAACCGUCAGAGACGCCAACCACAACAGGAUCCAGAAAGUGACAUCCACCUCGUCCCCGAGACCCACCUCCAGCAGGAGGCCCACGUGGCCCAGGCCCAGGUGGAGCGUGUGAAGUCUGCCUAUGAGCAGCAGCAGGUGCAGCAGCGACUGGAGGCUGAGCAGGCCCAGAGGACGAGGGAGCUCCAGCUGCGCCAGGAGGCCCUGCAGGCCCAGAGAACGAGGGAGCUCCAGCUGCGCCAGGAGGCCCUGCAGGUCCAGAGGACGCGGCAGCUCCAGCUGCGCCAGGAGGCCCUGCAGGACCAGAGAAUGACCGUGCAGAGGGAGAGAGAGCUGCGUCUGCGAGCUCAGCACGAGAGGGAGGCACAGCAGCAUCGAGAGGAGGACCGUCGGGAACAGCUACUGAAGGAGGAGCAACUCAGGAAGAAGAGGGACUAUGAGAACACGAACAAUGACAUCGUCCAGGGUGAUGAAGAACCUCAUAUUGAUGAUGACGAAGAGAGGGACACCCACUUGGAGGAGGAGGAGAAGCAAGAGGAAGAGGACCACCGAGUACCACAGCUACAGGGGGCAGUAGAGGGGGAGGUGGACCCAGAGGAUGACCCUAAUAACCAGGGGGAGGAUGAGUUUGAUGUGGCAGAGGAGCAGCAUCUUCAGCACAGGGAGGAAGAGGAGGCAGACAUACAUCUCAACCCUAAUCACCCAGCCAUAGAUGAGGAACUGGUGAUGGCGGUAAACCCCGACCAGCAGGAAGACAACCUGGAUGACCAGUAUCCGGAGGAGGACGAGGUGCAGGAGGAUUUGGCCGGGGGGCAGAAGACGGAGGAGGAGCCAUACAACGAGGAGAAAGAAGAACACGUGAAAGUGAAAGACCAGGAGCUCCCAGCAGGAAAAGAGGGAGAACACAGAAAGGAAGGAGAGCUCAACGAGGAAGAGAACUACGAAGAAGAGGAGGAAGAGGUGGGGGUUGGACAGGACAAGCGGCCCAAUCGAAGGGAGAUGUGAGAUGAACAGAGACAUUGACCAAUGAGAGUGCCUUUCCCCAUCACUGGGAGCCAAUCAGAUCUCUCUAUUGAUUCCUCUUUUCUCUCAAGGAGUWAAAAAGUCACCCACUUGGCAUUCCCUUCUGUGUGGGACUGGAACUGAUGAACUUCUGAACAUAAUUAUUGUACUGGAACUGGGAAUACAAUCUAUAAAUUGUCUGUCCAUCCAGUGACCUCAGACAGACAUGAGAAGGUAAUGUUACUGUAUGCUAUUUGUUUGUGCCCAGAAAGAGAUUGAAGGUUUGUCUAUUUGAGUGUCUGGCUUUUACAUUUUGUUUUUUAUCAAAGUUGUAUUUACUGUUUUUUUAUAGCAAAUUCCUCUCAAUUACAGCAAAUUCCUCUCAAUUACAGCAAAUUCCUCUCAAUGUAUGUUUAGUAGGACGUGCUUUCCACUCUUCUGUUUAUUUAUUAUAGAUAUGAUGAUCGUUAUGGGUGGAGUUGAAAAUGUUUUUCUGACGUUCUCAAAGCUCUAGGAAAGAAAUUGUCAUUACUGCAGGAGAAACCUACACUAUCAUUGAUGCCAAUAAUAGUAAAAACAAAAAAAAUCAUU